AUGUUCGGGGAUGAAAAUCCAGGGGGUAUGGACAAAGAUGCAGCAAUACUGAUUCUUGGAAAAGAGGACGCUUGCAAGGACCUCUCCGCGCUCAUUCAUGCUCACGCUGCUGAGUCUGAGUCGGAUAUCAAUUCUAUGUUUAGCUGUGAGUCGGAGUUUGUGCCUAUCGGCCCUCCCCGUCAUAGUUUCUAUUUCGAGUUUGAGUCAAUUAUUGUAUUCCCUCCCACCGAGGAGCCUUUUAAUGAAAACGAAGUGAAUGGUGCUUUUGCUUACUUGCCGCAUUUUGAGAUAAAUUGUGUAGAACCUGACGAUGAAGGAAUAGAUUUCGACGGGAACGUCCCUAAAGAGAUCUGUUCCCUCAUCGAACGGGAAAAUGAAAGGCAAUUCAAAGACGUUUUUGCCUGGUCUCAUGCGGACAUGCCCGGAAUCGACCCUGAAAUUGUCGAACAUCGGAUUCCCCUAUUUCCCGAUGCUAAACCUGUUAAGCAGAAAUUGAGAAAGAUGCACCCGGAUUGGGUACUGAAAAUAAAAGAAGAACUCACAAAGCAAAUUGACGCCGGUUUUCUAAUAGUAACUAAAUACCCAACAUGGGUUGCAAACAUUGUACCUGUUCCAAAGAAGGACGGAAGAAUCAGAGUCUGUGUCGAUUUUAGAGAUCUGAACAAGGCAAGUCCUAAAGACGAUAAUCCAUUACCACACAUAGACAUACUUGUCGAUAAUACUGCAGGUCACGCUUUGUUGACUUUCAUGGAUGGUUUCUCUGGAUACAAUCAGAUUCUUUUGGCUCCGGAAGACAGGGAAAAGACCUCAUUCAUCACUGAGUGGGGGACUUAUUGUUACCAUGAGGUCGAAGUAUAUGUCGAUGAUAUGAUUGUUAAGGCAAAGAAGCAGGAAGAUCAUCUCCCAAUAUUAAGAAGACUCUUUGAAAGGAUUCGGAAGUACAUAAUGCGUCUGAAUCCACUAAAGUGUAUGUUUGGUGUUACAACAGGAAAAAUGUUAGGGUUCAUGAUCACAGCCCGUGGGAUUGAGGUAGAUCCUUCCAAGAUCAAAACAAUUCUCGAGAUGGAACUUCCACAAUUUGAAAAGGAGGUACGUGGUUUCUUGGGAAAAAUCCAGUUCAUUAGUCGGUUCAUCGCUAAGUUGACUUCAACAUGUGAACCAAUGUUUCGACUACUCAAGAAGGAUGUGAAAUUUGAAUGGAAUGAUAAGUGCCAAAAAGCCUUUGAAGUUGUCCGAAAGUAUCUCCAAAAUCCUUCAAUCCUGAUGCUGCCUAUUCCAGGAAAGCCUUUGAUCAUUUACUUGUCUGUCACGCCCUCAACAAUGGGAUGCAUGUUGGCACAAGAAGGAGAAGAUGGGGUUGAAAGAUCAAUCUAUUACCUCAGCAAUAAGAUGGUGGGUUGUGAGGAACGUUACACGCCAUUGGAAAAGACAUGUUGGGCACUUGUUUGGGCUACAAAGAAGUUGAGACACUACAUGCUAUCUUACUCGGUGAUACUGAUUUCUCGAAUGGAUCCACUCAAAUAUCUAUUCAAGAAGCCAACACUUACUUGCAAGUUAGCACGUCGGUUGCUCUUAUUGGCCGAAUUUGAAAUCAAAUAUGUCACUCGAAAGUCUGUAAAAGGGAGAGCGGUUGCUGAAUUUUUGGCGGAUCGUCCGAUUGAAGGUUUGGAGCGCACUGAAUUUCGAUUCCCUGAUGAGGAUGUAAUGGAAACAAAAGAUGAAGCAUGGAUUUUAUAUUUUGAUGGGGCAUCUAAUCAAAAUGGGUUUGGUAUAGGUAUUCUUUUGGUAUCGCCGGAAAGAUCACACAUCCCUCUCGCUUUCAAACUGAAUUUCGAAGUGACCAACAAUGAGGCUGAGUACGAGGCUUGUAUCGUAGGGAUGGAAGCAUCAUUAAAAAUCGGGGUCAAGGUAUUGGAAGUCAUUGGCGACUCACACUUGGUAGUUUCUCAGGCGAAUGGGGAUUGGAAAGUAAGAGACAAGAAAAUGAAGCAAUACCAUCAGGAACUCGAUGAUCUUAUUCUCAUAUUUGAAAAAGUGACUUUCACGCACUUUCCAAGGAUAAAGAAUCGCUUCGCUGAUGCCCUAGCAACUUUGGCGUCCAUGAUUGAAUUACCAAUCGGGUACAUUAUUUGUGGAGGACAAUUGUAUCGGGGAUCACCAUGCGGAGUUCAGAAGUUGUGCAUUCACAGGAAUGAUGUAAGGAGAGUGAUGGAAGAAAUUCAUGAAGGAGUUUGUGGACCUCACAUGAAUGGUAUGAUGCUUGCAAAGAAAGUCUUGAGACAAGGAUACUAUUGGUCAACUAUGGAGACUGAUUCUUGGGGCAUUGAUGUCAUCAGAAAGAUCACUCCAGCAACUUCCAAUGGUCAUAAGUUCAUCCUGGUAGCUGUCAAUGAUUUCACCAAGUGGGUUGAAGCCGCAUCUUACAAAACGCUGACAACAGCUCAAGUGACGUCUAUCCGUACACCAACAGAGGCAACACCCUAUUCCUUGGUGUAUGGUAUGGAAGCCAUUCUCCCAAUCGAGCUAGAAAUUCCAUCACUAAGAGUCAUGGCAGAAUGCGGGAUGAGCGAAGCGGAAUGGAUCAGUGGAAGGUUUGAGGAGCUUAUGUUGUUCAAUGAAAGGAGAUUGCGAGCAUUGUGCCAUAUUCAAGGCUAUCAGCGAAGAAUUGCCCAGGCAUUCGAUAAGAAGGUAAAAUUGAGGGACCUACGAGAGGGGGAUAUGGUGGUCAAAGAGAUACGUGCGCCAGUUUUUGAUCUGUGGGGCAAAUUUCGACCAAAAUGGGUUGGACCAUACAUCAUCAAGACCAUUAUUUCCGGAGGUGCUGCGUCAAUAAUUGAUCUUGACGGCAACGAAGUUUCCAGUCUUGUCAAUUUGGACUAA